GCUUCCCCCACCCCGCGCCUGGCUGUCCUAACCGAGCCAGCGGCCACCGCGCCUGCUGAGGAGAGAGAAGGUGGUGGCCCAGCUGUGCCCCACAUCCCGAGGGGCACAAGACUAGGAGUGAGGAGGCCAGGGCAACAUGCAGCCUCCCUGGAGCCUGGCACUCUCGCUGCUGCUCCCCUGGGUGGCAGGUGGAGUAGGGACCAGCCCAAGAGAUCACGGGUUGUCAGCACUGGCACACCAGCCUGGGGUCUGUCACUAUGGAACUAAGCUGGCCUGCUGCUACGGCUGGAGAAGGAACAGCAAGGGAGUCUGUGAAGCUAUGUGUGAGCCCAGAUGCAAGUUCGGUGAAUGUGUAGGACCAAACAAAUGUAGAUGCUUCCCAGGAUACACCGGGAAGACCUGCAGUCAAGAUGUGAAUGAGUGUGGAGUGAAGCCCCGACCAUGCCAACACAGGUGUGUAAAUACACAUGGCAGUUACAAAUGCUUUUGCCUCAGUGGCCACAUGCUCCUACCAGACGCCACAUGCUCCAACUCUAGGACGUGUGCCAAGACAAAUUGCCAGUAUGGCUGCGAAGACACUGAGGAAGGGCCACGUUGUGUGUGUCCAUCACCAGGACUCCGCUUAGGCCCAAAUGGAAGAGUCUGCAUAGAUAUCGAUGAAUGUGCUUCUAGCAAAGCCAUCUGCCCUUAUCAUCGAAGAUGUGUGAACACAUUUGGAAGCUACUACUGCAAAUGUCACAUUGGUUUUGAACUGAAAUAUAUCCGUCGCCGAUAUGAUUGUAUAGAUAUAAAUGAAUGUGCUCUGAGUACCCAUACGUGCAGCCCCCAUGCUAACUGCCUCAAUACCCAAGGAUCCUUCAAGUGCAAAUGUAAACAAGGAUAUAAAGGCAAUGGACUUCAAUGUUCUGUUAUCCCUGAACAUUCUGUGAAGGAAGUGUUUAGAACACCUGGGACCAUCAAAGACCAAAUCAAGAAGUUACUUGCUCACAAGAACAACAUGAAAAAGAAGGCGAAACUUAAAAAUGUUACCCCAAGACCCACUAGUACACAAACCCCUAAGAUUAACCUGUCAUUUGGCUAUAAAGAGAAUGUCUCCAAGGGUGGAAAUUCCAAUGAAGAACAAAAAGGGACAGAAGAGAGGAGAGAGGGGCUUGAGGAAGAGACAAGAGGAGAGAAAGCCCUGAAAAAUGAUGUGGAACAGGAACGACGUCUUCGAGGAGAUGUGUUUUCCCCUAAGGUAAAUGAAGCAGAUGAUUUGGGUCUGGUCCUGGUCCAAAGAAAAGAGUUAAACUCCAAACUGGAACACAAAGACUUAAAUAUGUCAGUUGACUGCAGCUUUGAUCAUGGAGCCUGUGAUUGGAAACAAGACGGAGAAGAUGAUUUUGACUGGAAUCCUGCUGAUCGAAAUAAUGCUGUUGGUUAUUAUAUGGCAGUUCCAGUACUGGCAGGACACAAGAAGGAUAUUGGCCGAUUGAAACUUCUCCUCCCAGACCUGACACCCCAAAGCAACUUCUGCUUGCUCUUUGAUUACCGGCUAGCUGGAGACAAAGUAGGGAAACUUCGAGUGUUUGUGAAAAACAGUAACAAUGCCCUGGCAUGGGAAGAGACCAAGAACAAGGAUGAAAGGUGGAAGACGGGAAAAAUUCAAUUGUACCAAGGAACUGAUACUAUCAAAAGUGUCAUCUUUGAAGCAGAACGUGGGAAGGGCGUAACUGGUGAAAUUGCAGUGGACGGCGUCUUGCUUGUGUCAGGCCUGUGUCCAGAUGGCCUUUUAUCUGUGGAGGGUUGAAUGUCACUAUCCUCCUUUAUAUCUUUAUAUGUGGCUUUUUAUGUCAAUUCUCUGUCUUUUGAUAUUGUAUCAUCAAUUUAGAAAUACAAGCUAAAAAGUUGUAAUAACCCAACAAGUAUUAUCUGCCGUAAGAUUCCUCUCAUAUCAAAUGUACCAAGGUUUGCUUUAAAUAUACACCACUGUGCCUUCUCCUUCAUUUCUGAAUUUUCCAUAUUAUAUUACAAAAUGUGGAAAUGCCAACUCAUCUUCCCCCACCCAAUAUAUCUGGUCUUUCUAUAUGAAUUGAUGAACUUUUCUAGAAUAAUAGCAAAAAAAAAGUAUAGAUAAAUGUUUAUUUGCGUAGCUUUUAUGACACUUCUUGGAAACUGUGACAUUAAACAUAGACUGCCUAAGUGAAUCAGCUU